AUGACCGACUUUGGACCUCGAGCCCCCCAUGGGCCCGACAUGACGGGAACUCACAACCCGCUGGAGGAUAUGGAGGCCCACGAGAAGGGUGCCUUUGACAAACUGAUCCGUCCCGAAGACAGCUACAAUGAGGCUGGUGUUUACUGGGCCGAUAUGCCCCUGGGCGAGAAGAUCAAGUUCGUCAGCUCCUAUGACGCGGGCGAAGCCCGCAGAGAGCUGUCCAGCAUCUGGUCCAUGAUGAAGGAGGACCCGUUGUCUCCAGUCUCAUACUACUUCCGUAACAUGGUCCUCCCCGGUGCUGGUCUCGGUCUGGAGGGUUACGUUCUGUUCUCCAUUGGCAACAUCAAGCCACUGUUCCAGAAGACCUUCCCCGCCUGCUGGAGUAAGCACGAGAUCUGUGACAAGCAGUGGCUGGACGCCGUCGAUUAUCUGGAGAUUAUCGGUAUCAUCGUGGGUCAGAUCUUGGUUGGUUUCGUCGGUGACUGGAUUGGCCGUCGCUGGGGUCUGAUUCAGGAUGCUACGAUCAUGUUCAUUGGUUUGCUCAUGCUUACCGCCGCUUGGGGCGUUACCCAGAACGGCUGGGUCAUUUGCUACGCUUGGUCCCUGUUUUUCUACUCUGUUGGUGUUGGCGGUGAAUAUCCCAUGACUGCCACCUCCGGUAUGGAGAACGCCGUCGGCUCUGGCAAGAUUUCGACCAAGGAGGACCGUCUUCACCGUGGCCGUAAGGUCACCAGUGCCUUCCUGAUGCAGGGUUGGGGUCAAUUCUUCAACCAGGUUCUGCUGAUCAUUCUCUUGCUCUGCUUCCACCACGGUAGCGGCAACAAUCCCUAUUCUCCCGUUGCUGUUCAGUGGACCUAUCGUGUCUCUUUCGCCAUCCCCGCUGUGGGCACCUUGUGGCUGGUCUACUACCGUGCCUAUCACAUGAAAGCUGCCUCCAAGCAGUUGGUUGCUGCUAAGAAGAAGGCUGCUGUCACCGGUUACGAUGUUGAGUCUCUCCGCUUGACUUUCAAGUACUUCGGUCCUCGCCUGCUCGCCACCGCCGGUGGUUGGUUUGCCAACGAUGUGUUCUUCUAUGGUAACAAGCUCUUCCAGAGCGAGUUCAUCAGCGUCAUCUCCCCCAAGACUAGCUCCGUUAUGCCUACCUGGCUCUGGAACUUGGUCAACGUCGGUGUCUCCUUGUGCGGUUACUACCUUGCCUCCUUCUUGAUCGAUAACAAGCUGUACGGUCGUAAGUGGAUGCAGACCGUCGGUUUCCUGAUGUGCUUCGUUCUCUUCGUCGUCCCCGCUUUCCACUACGAGUACUACACAUCCGCGGAACACAUCAAGGAGUUCCAGGCUAUGUACUUCCUCAGCUCCUUCUUCAACCAAUUCGGUCCCAACUGCGUCAGCUUCUUGGUUGCCGCCGAGGUCUUCCCUACUCCUAUCCGUGCGACUGCCCACGGUCUCUCCGCUGCUGCUGGUAAGGCCGGCGCUCUGCUGGCCUCGGUUCUCUACAACUACAUUGACACCCAGACCAAGUUCUACGUCGUUCCUUGGUUCGGUCUGGCCGGUGUCGUCCUGACUCUGGCCUUCCUGCCCGACACUACCGGUCUCGACUUGAAGGAGCAGGAGCGUCGCUGGCAGUGCCUCCGUGAGGGUCGUGAGGAGGACUACCACGGUCCCGCUGUCCACCCCAAGCACCUGUCAUGGUACGAGCGCUUCGUCCUGCGCAAGGGCCGCUACUACGAUGCUGAGCUGGACUACCAGCAAAAGGUCGAGGAGUACCGUGCUGAGUGGGAGGCCCUCAUGGCCCAGCGCUUGGCCGAGAAGGAGAAGAGCGAUGAGAUCUUCGAUACCGACGAUACUCUGCUCGAGGGUCACGUUCACACCUACUUCCACCGAACUAGCCCCAUGUUCAAGGGUAUGGAACAGCCCACGACCAACAAGCAGGACAAGGACACCUUCCGUCUGCCCCCUGCUGCUGAGUCCGGCUCCGAGGAGACCUUCUCCAACGAAAAGACUGCUGAGCAGAAGUAG